CCUCCUUUUGCGCUGCUGCUGUUGCUGUGGCUGCCGCUGCCGAAUCUGCCCGCUCGUUCGCGACCAGCCAGCAGAAGCAAGUGAUCGGGACCGGAGUAUGAUCGCUGUCCGGAGAGCAUAGAUGUGCAAAACCCCUGGAUUAUCCUUGCGCUGGAGAGGCCAGAACCGACCACCGUGGACGACUGUAUUCAUCUAGUCGUCACAAAAAAAGGGAGCAAGAGCCACGGUGGAAAGCAUGGCGGUAGAAGAGGAAGGUCUGCGGGUUUUCCAGAGCGUUAAAAUAAAAAUAGGAGAAGCCAAAAACAUCCCGCCGUACCCGGGGCCCAACAGGAUGAGGGACUGCUACUGCACCGUCAACCUGGACCAAGAAGAGGUCUUCAGGACCAAGAUCAUAGAGAAGUCGCUUUGUCCAUUCUAUGGGGAGGACUUUUACUGUGAGAUUCCACGUAGCUUCAGACACCUCUCUUUCUACAUCUUCGACAGGGACGUCUUCAGGAGGGACUCCAGUAUCGGCAAGGUUGCAGUGAAGAAAGAGGACCUGCAGAAAUAUCACGGCAAAGACACCUGGUUCCAGCUACAACCUGUCAGCGCUGACUCAGAAGUGCAGGGAAAGGUGCACCUGGAGCUGCGUCUGAGUGAGGUCAUCACGGACAGUGGGGCCAUUAAUCACAAACUAGCCACACGUGUUUUGGAGUGCCAAGGUCUUCCAAUCGUCAACGGACAAUGUGAUCCCUAUGCGGCCGUCUCCUUACUAGGACCUUCAAGGUCGGAAGCCAAGAAGACCAAAGUGAAGAGGAAAACUAAUAAUCCACAGUUUGAUGAGGUUUUCUAUUUUGAGGUGACGCGACCAUUGAGCUACACAAAGCGCCAUUUCGAUAUUGAAGAGGAGGACGUCGACAAGCUGGCGCUAAGGGUGGAUCUGUGGAACGCCAGCAACCUGAAGUUCGGGGAUGAGUUCCUGGGAGGGGUGCGAGUUCCCCUGCGGGUGUUGGGUCAGGCUGGUGUCCAUGACGCAUGGUACUUCCUCCAGCCCAGGGAGAACGGCGGGAAGUCGGUGAAGGUGGAGGAGCUCGGCUCUCUGCGCCUGAACAUCGUUUACACCGAGGACCACGUCUUCCCCUCCGAACACUACACGCCCCUCAGAGACCUGCUGCUGCAAUCUGCCAAUGUCGCGCCCGUGUCGGCGUCCCCGGCUCACACCCUGGGGGAGGUGUGCCGGGAGAAGCAAGAAGCCGCCAUCCCCCUCGUGCGCCUGUUUCUCCACUACGGCAAGAUUGUGCCUUUCAUCAGCACCAUCGCUCACUCCGAAGUGCACCGCACGCAGGACCCUAAUACUAUUUUCCGGGGAAACUCGCUGACUUCCAAGUGCAUUGACGAGACCAUGAAACUGGCAGGAAUGCACUAUCUGCAAGUGACACUCAAACCCAUCAUCGAUGAGAUCUGCACCGACCACAAAUCCUGUGAAAUUGACCCGGUCAAGCUCAAAGAAUCGGAGAACCUGGAGACGAACAGGGAAAAUCUUCGUCACUAUGUGGACCGGAUCUUCGACGUCAUCACCACCUCUGGCGUUCGCUGUCCCACCGUCAUGUGUGACAUCUUCUUCUCUUUGAGAGAGUCUGCUGCCACCCGUUUCCAAGUCGACCAAGAUGUCCGAUACACAGCAGUGAGCAGUUUUAUUUUCCUGCGUUUCUUCGCUCCAGCCAUACUCUCCCCCAACUUGUUCCAUCUACGACCGCACCACCCGGAUCCGGCCACCUCUCGAACCCUAACCCUAAUCUCCAAGACCAUCCAGACUCUGGGAAGCCUCGCCAAAUCUAAAUCUGCCAAUUUCAAAGAGUCUUAUAUGGCGGCAUUUUACGACUACUUCAAUGAGCAGAAAUAUUCGGACGCUGUGAAGAAUUUCCUGGACCUGAUCUCCACCUCUGGAAAAUGGGAUCAGAGGAGUAUUGAAACACCGAUCAUGCUCAAAGAAGGGAGUGUAAAACUCUAUAUAAAGAGGGGUAAUGGUAAGGGGUCAAAAGGCACGAAGGGCAGGUUUAUGAUAAAGAGGGCACAGGGGAGAAACCGGUUCGGAAUGAAGAACUUCAAGAAGAGGUGGUUUCGCCUCACUAAUCACGAGUUUACCUACCAUAAAACAAAAGGUGAGAGCGCUCUCUGCAGCAUUCCCAUAGAGAACAUUUUGGCUGUAGAGAGGCUAGAGGAGGAGUCUUUCAAGAUGAAAAAUAUGUUCCAGGUCAUUCAGCCGGAGCGGGCGCUCUACAUCCAGGCCAACAACUGCGUCGAGGCUCGCGACUGGAUCGACAUUCUGACCAAAGUCAGCCAGUGCAACCGCAAGCGCCUGAGCACCUACCAUCCUUCAGCCUACCUCAACGGCCACUGGCUUUGCUGCAAGCUCUCCGCAGACACAGCGAGUGGCUGCACUCCCUGCACCGGCGGCCUCCCAGCAAACAUCCAGCUGGACGUGGAUGGGGACAGAGAGACCGAGAGGAUUUAUUCCCUGUUUAGCACAUACAUGACCAAACUGAUCAAGAUGCAAGAGGCCUGCGGCAGUAAAUCGGUGUACGACGGUCCCGAACAGGAGGAGUACUCCAGCUUCGUCAUCGAUGACCCCCAGGAGACCUACAAAACCCUGAAACUGAUUGUUUCAGCGGUGCAGACCUUGGAGCAGCAGCACACCAAGUACAAACGCGACAAGUUCAAGAAGACAAAGAUUGGCAGCCAGGAGCAUCCAAUCGGAGAUAAAAGUUUCCAGUGCUACAACCGCCAGCAGUCUGAGAGCUCCACCUACUCCAUCUAGCCCCGUGUUGUUUCCCACGCUGCCUAGAACCAGCAUUAUUUUCAUUACUAGAAAAUAAUUCCGUCUUGACAAUGGAUUGAGUUUUAAAGGUUUUUUUCCCCUCCAAAUUGAGUUUUUUUUUUAAAGGCAUCAAGGUGAGAUCAUUUCCCUUAUUUCCAAAGCAGGAUCCAUAUUUAACUUUUUUUAACAUCUUUUGAGGAAACAGACUUCCGUUUUGGAAAUAAGUGUCACCUGACUGGCGCAUUUGUCCAGUUUUAGGAAAAUAAGAGUUUUAAUUGUCCAUACCAGACUUUUUUUCUGCAGCGUCUCAAGAUGCAUCAGUCCAAAUGUGGAGAACAGACCUCCGAUCUGCAUGAAAAAUACAGGAACAGUUGUGGAGGAAAGAAAGGAUGCUAAUUAAGACAUAAUCAUACCGUACAUCUACUGUCUGUGGAUCUCCGGUGACGAGACGAGAGAACAAGCCAACGUUUUUUCACUGGACAGUUUUGACAGUGACCAACACGCACUUUAAUCGCCUCCACAUCAAUGGAUGAACAAGCAUCGCAGCACACAGCUUUUUUUAUCUGUUUGAUUUGUAUUUGGUUAUUAUAAUGGCUGACAUGUUGAGAUGUUCCAUUGUAAUUCACUCCAGAAGGAAGUUAGGACUGUACUUUGCCCUCUUUGGGUGGUGUUGUCCCCAUGUUUUUAUAGUUUCUUGGUCCCGUAUCUCCUCAGGAAGGCUGUGAAGGUCGAGGGAAGGAAAGGAUUGGCGAGACCAAGCAGAGACGAGAGGCACUUGAUGUUAUCAAUGUUAUCUUUCAAUUUCAUCCCUCAUUUUUAAUCCUUAUCAGCGACGCUCUCACAAAUGUUUAGGAUCAAGUUUUCACGUUUCAUUUGAAGCCUUGUUCUGUUGUGGUUGGAUAUCAUGCUCCUGUGUUACCUGUACCUGGGUUGAAGGACUUCAACCUUCUUCUUUUUGGAGACUUAGGAAAACCCACGGAUGCCUUUUUUGUAUCACAAUGGGAGUCAAGUUUGCAGCUUCUAUUUUUAGUUGAACAUCUUAAUCUUCAUCUGAACAAAGACUUUUAAAUAUGCCCAGCUGCGUGCAUAUGGCCCCUGUUGACUAUCUUGUGAAUUGUAAAUCUGCGCUUAAAAACAAAUAAUAAUGUUCAGGCAAUAUACACUCAGUGGUCACUUUAUUAGGUGCACCAGUAAAAUCUACUGCCAUUAGGCUCUGCCAUAAGUUCUGCCUGUAUGUUUAUUAAGGACAUUGUGAGAGAUGUGUAGUUAAGUUAAGGACGAGGUUGUUCUGGAUGAGCAUGAGAGUUGUCUCCAAUGUUUUUGUCCUUCUUAAUUACAGUACAGCUGUACAUGAGUUGGGCAGAAUAUUAGCAAAGUGUGAAUAUAGGGCAGUCCAGAACAGUCCCAUCACAAUCACCUCAGUAAUAAAUAUAAAUCUAAUUAACACUAGUUGACAUCAAGAAGAAAAGUGAAAAUUAUUGGCAUCAUAAAGGCAGACUUUAUGGAACAGUUGUAUGUGAUUGCAUUACACUGUAUGGGUCAAAUGAGUUUUAUUUAUACACCUAAUAACUCUGAUGUACAUAAAUAAGUAACCAAUGAGUGUAUACAAAAUACAGGGUACAUAAUACAUUUUAAAAAACACAUUUUGUAAUUAGAUUAAAUUUCCCCAAACCAAUUGACGAAUGCUGUACUUAAAGCCUUUGGGCCCCUGUGGGCAGUGGGCAGUUUCCCAUUUUGUCCAGUUAGAAAUCCGAACUGAGAGUGACACAAAUCUAUGGUGCAUGAAUAUGAGUUUUUAUGUUGCAGUUUCGUUUGAAUGGAAGACAUUGUAUUUUACUGUUCUUAAGGAGUGCCAGUAUUUGUUCCCAAUGGUCAGUGGCUGAGCUUCAGCUUGACUCCUCAACCAUCCAUUGAACACACCUUCAAACUGCAUGAGAGGACGGCAGUAAAGACAAACUAUCUAUUUGCCCAUCACAAAGCAGAAUCUACGUGUUAUUACAGCUCCUGAACAAGGAUGCUCUUUAGGUUUGAACUGAUAUACUAACAUUUUAACCCGUCUGGUCUCAAGUUAUGAUUGUGAAAUGGAUAGUGUGUUACUGGUUGUGUUGCACUGUUGGCUGCCUAAUAAUGUAGUUAUUCUGUUUUGUGAGUUAUCUCCAUCUUACUUUGGAAAUAGCUGCACCCUGUGGUGUCAAACUAUUUAUAUGCAUUCCUCCCAUCACGCCUGCUGUGAAUCUUACCGGUCAGCAGUACAGGAUUUAUUGUUGUUAACCAGUUGUGUUAUUGCUCGUCUUCCAAGGGCAACCACGCUCAUCAGCACUCCCUCUUGCCAAAACCAGUGCAUGUGAAGAAUAAGUUGUAGUCACAGCGGCGGUAGCCUCAACGGUCACUUCUGUGCGACCAGGUGACUCCAAACCUCAACUAAUUUUGUAUUUUCCCAAACUAAGUACCUGGUUAUGUAGCCUCAUGGGUACUCAUGUGAUCACAGGAUCACAAACAGUGCCAGUCUUCACUUUUUUUAAAUUCUCUUUGUGAAAAACAAAAAAAAGGUAAUUGUUUAGAUAUGUUUUUAUACAUAUAUCUCAAAACCUAUACUGUUUUAAAAACAGAUGAGCAGUUAUUCCCGAGACAUCUUUUUUCUAUGUCAAAUGUGUUGAUCGAUCAACCAUGAGGCAAGCUCAACUGUUUAACUGUGUUUUCUAAUUAUGUCAUAAAAACAUCCUCCUGUGUGACUGAAGUGAAUGACUGAGGUGUGUGUGUGUGUGUGUGUGUGUGUGUGUGUGUGUGUGUGUGUGUGUGUGUGUUGUUUUGUGUGUAUGUUUGUGUUUGUACAUUUGUCAGUGUGUGCAUGAGUGACUGAGGUGACGGGUUGCAUUGCCAAUUGAAUUAUCCCAGUGCUACGGGUCAUCAAAGGCAGACCCCCACUUGUUAAAAAAAGAGAAGAUCCCUGCCUCUAACGAUUGCAGUGUCACUGUACUCUGGCCUGAUAUGCCGUGUCUCCUCUUUUAUAGAACCACUGUUCCAUUUCAAGGAACCUUUGCCAAUAUAAUGUACCCACUCAUUUUAUAUAUGUACACAGUAAUAACAUUAAGAGGCCAGCAAUGCUGUAACCUCUGAACUUUGGUGAGUAUUACUGUCUCCUCAGGUGUAUGAAACUGCAGCACUGCAUGUUUUUUUUAUGUUUUAGGUUUUUUUUGUUGCCGAGAGUAAGGAGACUCGGACUUACGUAUAAACCACCUUGUGACAGCUCUGCCACUCAUCCCUAACUUGAUAAUGAUAUUUAUUAUCAUUUUUGGUGAAGUCCGGAGACAUCGGCCGAACUGGUGAGGUAAUGUAAGUUACAGUGUCGGCAACUA